GUCCCUCCCCGGCCGCCUCCGCUGCCUCGGUCGCAGACGCAGCCGCCCGGCUGGCUCGGCCUCGCGGCGCGGGGACCCGGCGCCGCCGCAGUCCCGGCCGGUCCGCGAGCCAUGGCCCAGCCCGGCGAGGAGGCUCUGCCCGGGCCUGAGACUGCGGUGCAAAUCCGCGUCGCCAUCCAGGAGGCCGAGGACACGGAGGAGCUGGAGGACGAGGAGGAGGGCGCGGAGGCGCAGGGCGCGGGGGACCCGGCUCGGUAUCUCAGCCCCGGCUGGGGCAGCGCCAGCGAGGAGGAGCCGAGCCGCGGGCACAGCGGCGCCACGACAAGUGGGGGCGAGAACGAGCGUGAGGACCUGGAGCAGGAGUGGAAGCCCCCGGAUGAGGAGUUAAUCAAGAAACUGGUGGAUCAGAUCGAAUUCUAUUUUUCCGAUGAAAACCUGGAGAAGGACGCCUUCCUGCUAAAGCACGUGAGGAGGAACAAGUUGGGAUAUGUGAGCGUCAAGCUGCUCACAUCCUUCAAAAAGGUAAAACACCUCACACGGGACUGGAGAACCACAGCACAUGCCUUGAAGUACUCGGUGACCCUGGAGUUGAAUGAGGACCACCGGAAGGUGAGGCGGACCACCCCGGUCCCGCUCUUCCCCAAUGAGAACCUCCCCAGCAAGAUGCUCCUGGUCUAUGAUCUCUACCUGUCCCCCAAGCUGUGGGCCCUGGGCACCCCCCAGAAGAAUGGCAGGGUGCAGGAGAAGGUGAUGGAACACCUGCUCAAGUUAUUCGGGACGUUUGGCGGUAUCUCGUCCGUGCGGAUCCUCAAACCCGGGAGAGAGCUGCCCCCGGAUAUCCGGAGGAUCAGCAGCCGAUACAGCCAGGUGGGGACUCAGGAGUGUGCCAUCGUCGAGUUCGAGGAGGUGGAAGCAGCCAUCAAAGCCCACGAGUUCAUGGUGGCGGAAUCGCAGGGCAGGGAGAACAUGAAAGCAGUCCUGAUUGGUCUGAAGCCACCCAAAAAGAAACCCCCCAAAGACAAGAACCAGGACGAGGAGCCCACUGCGAGCGUCCACCUGAACAAGUCCCUGAACAAGCGAGUUGAGGAGCUUCAGUACAUGGGUGACGAGUCUUCCGCUAACAGCUCCUCGGACCCCGAGAGCAAUCCCACGUCCCCUAUGGCUGGCCGGCGGCACACGGUCAGCAGCAAGCUCAGCCCCUCUGGCCACCAGAAUCUCUUUCUGAGCCCGAAUGCCUCCCCGUGCUCGAGCCCUUGGAGCAGCCCCUUGGCUCAACGCAAAGGCGUGUCCCGAAAAUCCCCGCUGGCCGAGGAAGGCCGGCUGAACUCUAGCACCAGUCCUGAGAUCCUCCGCAAGUGCAUGGAUUAUUCGUCUGACAGCAGCAUUACUCCUUCCGGCAGCCCCUGGGUUCGGAGGCGCCGCCAAGCCGAGAUGGGGACACAGGAGAAGAGCCCCAGAGCGAGUCCCCUGCUCUCUCGGAAGAUGCAGACUGCAGAUGGGUUACCUGUGGGGGUGCUCAGGUUGCCCAGAGGCCCUGACAACACCAAGGGGUUCCAUGGUGGACAUGAGAGGGGCCGGGCCCAGGUAUGAUCACCUUCGGUUUUUAAUGCCAGCUCCAUUGAAAACCACCUCUGUUUUCAAGCUUCUGACACAUACCUGGCAUGACAUAGAAUGAAAUAAGUCCCCUUUGAAAGAUUUUGUAUACAUGUAGCCCUCUUAAUUUAUAUAUUUGUAAUGUACACAAGUUGUCUGGUACGCUCUGGGUUUACGACCAUCUUCCAGGUGAGAACACCUGUUCCUCCCAGCAUGGCCAUUGUCUUGACGCUGCCCGGAGUGUGUGAAUGUCAUGGCUCUGUGCGGCCGUGGGACAGAGGCUCCGCAGGGAAGGCCUGGCAGGGCGUCUCUUCUUUGGGGCAGGGCUCUUCCCUCCGGUGACAGAGCUGUCCUCUGUGGGCCACGCAGGUGCUGCCGGAGAGCCCAGAGUUCUCUCAUGUAAUGGUAACUAAUGAAGCCGGUAGCAUGGUUGCUUCUAGGACCAAAUGUAUGUUUCCUGUCAAAUGAAUAAAUAAUAAAACACCCAA